GUUUCGGAAAAAGUCUUCUGUAGCAGACUCUUUCAACAAUUUAGUGUACAAACAGAAUCUUGAACAAUUACCUGAAGAAGAAAUCCAUGCAGAAAUUUGUUAUGCUGAAUGCUUGCUUCAGAGAGCAGCUCUUACAUUCCUCCAGGAUGAAAGCAUAAUUAGCUUUGUGAAAGGCAGCAUCAAAAUAAGAAAUAGUUAUCAAAUAUACAGGGUACUGGAGAAUCUAUUACAGUCUCCCAGUUAUGUUAAAGGAGAAAAUCAUCCCCAUUUUGAAGUUGGUGUAAAGUUGGGAGUUGGAGCAUUUAAUCUGACUCUGUCAAUGUUACCAACAAGGAUUGCACGAUUACUAGAAUUUGUUGGGUUUUCUGGAAAUAAGAAAUAUGGCUUGCAGCAACUUCAAGAAGGAGCAUCAAUGUGUGGCUUUAGGUCUGUGCUGUGUACUCUGCUACUGUUGUGCUAUCAUACUUUCCUGACCUUUGUGUUAGGGAUAGGUAAAGGAAAUGUUGAAGAAGCAGAGAAACUUCUCAAACCUUACCUGAUUCGAUAUCCAAAAGGUGCCAUAUUCCUGUUUUUUGCAGGGAGAAUAGAAACAAUAAGAGGCAAUAUUGAUGAAGCUAUCAGAAGGUUUGAGGAAUGUUGUGAAGCCCAGCAGCUUUGGAAGCAGUUCCAUCACAUGUGCUACUGGGAACUGAUGUGGUGCUUCACAUAUAAACGACAGUGGAAGAUGGCAUAUUUCUAUGCAGAUCUGCUUAGCAAAGAGAAUACCUGGUCAAAGGCUACUUAUGUGUUUAUGAAAGCUGGCUACCUCAACAUGUUUGGGGCAAAAGAUUUUAAACCUUUUGGAGAUGAUGAAGUUGAGCUAUUUAGGGCUGUGCCUAGUUUAAAACUGAAAAUAGCAGGGAAAUCCUUGCCUACGGAAAAGUUUGCAAUUAGGAAAUCCCGGAGAUACCUUUCCCCAAAUCCUAUUCCACUUCCUGUGCCUGUUUUGGUAAGCUGGAAAAGAUCCCUCCUCCACAUCUGUUUCUUAUAUAGAGAUAAGCUAGUCUAUGAAUAUUAUUUUUCAGCUACAGAUUUUCUUGUUGAUGACCACUGCAUGAUAAAGCUUCUGAAAGGGCUAUGCUUAAAACAUCUGGGCAAGAUUUCGGAAGCAGAAGAUCACUUUACUUAUAUUCACUUCAAUGAAAAGAAGAUCAAGUAUGAUCAUUACUUAAUUCCAAAUGCGCUGCUCGAACUUGCUUUAUUAUAUCUGGAUCAAGAUAAAAUAGAAGAAGCAAUUAAGAUCCUAGAAAGAGCAAAACAAAAUUAUAAGAAUUACUCCAUGGAAACAAGGACACACUUCAGAAUUCAAGCUGCUUUGCAUCAAGCCAGAUCUCUCCCAGAUGAUGAUGAUGAUUCUAUAGCAACUGUGGUUUUGUAAUGUUACUGUUUUUUUUUAAAUCAGCAGUUCAUUUGGUGUACAAAACUUCACAGAUGGAUAUUAUUGGCAAUAUUUUAAAAUGAUUUCUGUGUCCACAUGCAGCACAAAUGUUUUUAAUUUUAAAAAUUCUGAGGAAUCAACACUAAAAAACAGUAUUUUUUCAUUAUCUCUGUGUGCCAUUUUCAGCCAGUUUUAACAUAUAUUUUGAAAUAUAUGUUGUUGGUGAAUAACAGGAAAUAAACUAGUAGAACGUGAAGACUUUCUGCUCACAUCUUGAUUAGAUUCAGAUGGUUAUUAAUUUUUAAAAGUACUAAUAAGAUGGAUCUUGUUUUCUUGAUAUUAAAAGAAUAACUGAAUUGCCUGUUAAAUUGCUUAAAUAGAAUAAUGUAUAGUGCUACAAGCUUGCUUGCUUAUCACAAGGAAAUAAUUUAAAAAGGCAGAAUCUCUUUCCCUCCCACCUUUCAGCUGUCCUUUAAUAAAGGUGUCCCCAAACUUGACAACUUUAAGACUUGUGGACUUCAACUCCCAGAAUUCCCAAAUCAGCCAUGCUUUGAUAUGUAAAUUAGGUAGGGCAAAUAACCCUGUGAAAUAUUGUUGUUUGGCCAAUUUGAUUGAUUACCAAGAAUUUUAGGAUAAAUAUCAAUAUUAGAAUAAUUGAAGAACUAUAGCAAACAAUCCUGAAUCAUUUUCUGGAACAAAAGCCAAGUUUAAAGUAUUUGAAAAGAAUUAGAUUAUUAAAAUACUUUUAAUGUGUUAUUAUCCAUAAUAAGGAGUAAACAAUUGAUGUUGUAGAUGACCAUUCUAAGCCUGAGGAGGGAUCAAAUGCAUCAUAAGUCACGAGUCCCUGCAUACCCACAAGAGAUCUAAGUCCAGCCGAUCUUGAAUAUCUCUCUUAUCUCCCGCUCAUAUACCUUGACAGUUAGUUGAUCUGAUUCUUGUAGAGAGCUUAAGCUUGCAAUAAAUCUUUAUACUUAUUUGAACUGCCUGAAUCUCCUGAUUUCCCCUGGUGCUUGACAUUAAUUCAACUUAGGAAAAUUAUUUCACAAAAUAUUUUACGCUUGAUAGCAUUUUAAACUGAAACAUGUAUAGAUUCAGCUGCUGACUCUCAGUCAGUGGAAUAUCACAGGUGAGAGACAGGGUAAGUUACUGAAACUUUUAACUUUUAAAACUAUAUGAUAAAUACAGGUAAACUUCAACUUACAACCAUUCAUUUAGUGACCAUCCAAAGAUACAACAGCACUGAAAAAUGUGACUUAUAGCCAAGCCUCAUAUAUACAAUUUGCCCCAGCAUCUCCAUGGUCACAUGAACAACAUUCAGGCACUUGGCGACCAAUUUGUAUUUAUG